UAUGCAUCACUUUAUAACGUGUAGUGACUUUACAUAUUAACAGACGACACAGGAUUAUUACAUUUACGUUAAUGGAGAUAGUAAACAUGAAAACUGUUCUACUGGUGGGAAUGAUAAUCCCCCUGGUGAACGGUUUGAAUUGUUCAUCGGACGAGUUUGAAUCUAAUUCUACGGAUCUGUGUUGCAGCAAAUGUGAUCCAGGAUUCGGAUUGGUUAAUUAUUGUACACGUGGUAAUGCAACUGAAUGCUUACCGUGUGUUCUUAAGAAAACCUUCUCUUCACCAGCUGCGCAUGCGCAGAAAUGUGUUCCUUGUACUUCCUGUAAAAUGAACGAACACGUGGUGACGGAGUGUAACAAAACCCACGACACGGUUUGUGAAUGCAACAUAGACUUCUAUUACAAUGUGAGUAAGGAAAGUUGUCAAAUAUGUGAUUCGUGUGCGAAAGGAUUGGGGGCAUUGCGGUCUUGUACUGGAACCCAUAAUUCUGUGUGUAUGAGAUGUGGAAACAGAACAUUCUCGGAUAAAACUAGUGCAAUAUCUAUAUGUAAACCAUGUUCUAAAUGUGUCGGCAAACAGGUGGAGACACAAGCUUGUACGCCAGAGCAGGAUACAACAUGUACAGACGUGAUAUUCGACCUUUACACUACGAGGCCACAGUCAAACCGCCGAGGGGACGAAUACCCAACACAAACGGAAGAAGAAGCGUUUGACGUCAUUCCGGUUUACUGUACGAUUCUGGCUUCAGUGAUAGUUGGUCUUCUAUUCUAUGUUAUGUACAAGCAUUACUCACGCAUUCGUGACAAGAAGCGACACAAAGGUCAUGACCUCCACGACGACGUGGAAUACUCUAAGACUUCCGGUGCAGAUAGUGGGGUGUUCGAGGACACAGAUCAUCACGGGUAUAGACCAUGUAAGGAAAUCGGCCACCACUGUAAAUACAAUCAACUCACAAGGAUACGAGACUUACCGCAGUCGAAGAAAAAAGAAAUAGAAAAACACUUAGCAGUCAAACGGGCAGGAGCCGAGCGAUUGGUCGAGGACUGGACAAUUCUAGCGCGAGAAUUAGGUUACAACUGUAAGAAGAUCGACAAAAUAGCUAAUAAAAAUAAAGACACAUUGUCCACCGUGCAAUAUCUUCUCAGUGAUUGGUCGAAAAGCCGAACAGCCACCGUGGGAGUAUUCAUAAAGGCCCUCAUUGACAUUGGCAGGCCGGAUGUUGUAAAACUACUUCAAAACGACGGCAAAUCUGAAACGUUUGUUCAGAUGGUGUGACACAGGGCAUACGUGUUGUUAAUUUAAUGCAGACAUUCUAUUGAAAUGAUUAAUAUUGUAUAUGAACGAUUUACGUCGAAACGUAAUCAAAAUUAAUGUUAAGAUUUGUCUAUCAUUGGACACUACAGGACUAUCACAAUCGCUACAGAUAAAUAUUCUUUAUAUUUUAAGAUAAAGACAGUUUAUUACUUAACAGAAUUAAACGAUAAUAAUAGUUACUGAAGUUGUUAAUAAUUUAAACGUCGCGUUUGUUAAUAUUUCUAUUGCAAUUUAUUGUUCUGAAUCCACUUGAUAUAUGUAUUGUUUUGAAAUCCGAAUUUGUUUAUCAUUUCAUAGCGGGGAUAGGAACCAAAUCGUCUGAUAAUUGUAUCUUAUUUUAUUACAUUUUUACCCGUGAAAUAUCGAUUUAUUUUUCAUCAUAUAAAAGUGAUAUUUUUCAAUGGUAAAAAAUGUCAUUUUUUAA